ACGUCGGCAAAUAAAAACGCGGAACGAGAAAAGAAACGAGUACGCAUCCGCAUCGAAACCCUUUCGGGCCGAAUCAGAUCGGUCGCCGCCCUUGUCCAGCGAUCUCGAAGAGCCUCCGGUGCAGCCCUAAGUCCUCUGCCGGAGAGCCAGAUCCGCCGCCCCCAUCUACCGGGGCGCCCUCCUCUGUUUCUUCGUAUCGAGAAGAGGCGUCUUUCCUGGGCUAGGGUUUCCUAAUCCUCCCGAGGAACAAAUUGCAGCAGUGAGGGGGCUUCGAUUUGAUCCGUACUCUAUGGCCGGCGGAAGCACAUCGAGCCGGCCGCGGUACGCUCCGGAUGAUCCGACUCUGCCCAAACCUUGGCGGGCGCUGGUGGACGGAAGCACCGGCUACCUUUACUAUUGGAACCCGGAAACUAACGUCACCCAGUACGAACGCCCGUCCGAUGAGCUCCCUCCUCCUCCUCCACUCUUGCCCCCGCCCCCACCGCUCCUUCCUCCCAAAUCCGCUUCUGUGAUCGCCGUUAGCCGUCAUCAUCCAGAUGAUCGCCGUCAUCGUCACGACGAUGACGAUCGCCAUGAUCGUUCAAGGAUCCACCAGGAUGGAAAUGGCAGAAGCAGGAACGGACAUAGCACAAAGGAAAAAAGAGAAGGGAAGAUCUCAACUGGAGGCCAAGGAUCAUCUGUCAAUGUUGGAAGGGCUUCUUCCAUACCUGUAGAAGCUUAUCGUCGUCAAAAUGAAAUAAUUGUGACGGGAGAAGAUGUGCCUGCACCAUUCAUGACAUUUGAGUCUGCAGGUUUCCCACCUGAGAUUUUGGAAGAGGUAUGCCGUGCUGGUUUUUCUGCUCCAACUCCAAUUCAGGCUCAGUCAUGGCCAAUUGCAUUACAGAGUCAUGAUAUAGUGGCUAUUGCAAAAACAGGAUCUGGAAAAACAUUAGGAUAUCUUUUUCCUGGGUUCAUGCACCUCAAGCGCCUUCGAAACGACUGUAAACUAGGUCCUACAAUGUUAAUAUUGGCACCGACAAGGGAAUUGGCAACCCAGAUACAGGACGAAGCUUUAAAAUUUGGCAGAUCAUCAAGAAUUCUAAGCACGUGUGUGUAUGGAGGAGCACCUAAAGGGCCCCAGUUGAGGGAUCUUGAUCGAGGAGUGGACAUUAUUGUUGCAACUCCAGGAAGAUUAAAUGACAUUUUGGAAAUGAAAAGAGUGAGUCUCCGUCAGGUUUCAUAUUUAGUUCUUGACGAGGCUGAUAGAAUGCUGGAUAUGGGUUUUGAGCCACAAAUUCGAAAAAUCGUGAAAGAAGUACCCCAUCGUCGCCAAACACUUAUGUUCACUGCUACUUGGCCUAAAGAAGUUCGAAAAAUUGCUGCAGAUUUACUUGUUCAUCCUGUUCAGGUCAACAUUGGCAGUUCAGAUGAGCUUGUUGCAAACACUUCUAUCACACAGUAUGUAGAAGUAAUUACUCCUGUGGAGAAACAACGCCGAGUGGAGCAAAUAUUGCGCAAUCAAGAUGCAGGCUCCAAGGUUCUCAUAUUUUGCACCACAAAGAGAAUGUGUGACCAGCUGUCUCGAACACUUGCACGUCAGUUCAAAGCUGCUGCUAUUCAUGGUGACAAGUCUCAGGCCGAGAGGGAUAGGGUUUUAAGCCAAUUUCGCACGGGUAGAUCUCCCAUACUAGUAGCCACAGAUGUUGCUGCUCGCGGUCUAGACAUUAAGGAUAUCAGGGUGGUCAUAAACUAUGACUUCCCCACAGGAGUUGAAGACUAUGUUCACAGAAUUGGUAGAACUGGUAGGGCUGGUGCAACUGGAGUCUCCUACACCUUUUUUUGUCAACAGGACUCCAAAUAUGCUUCAGAUCUUGUUAAAAUUCUCGAAGGUGCUAAUCAGAAGGUUCCAAAAGAGCUAAAAGACAUGGUUUCACGUGGUGGGCAUGGUGGCAGGUCACGGCGCUGGGCUUCCCGUUCGGAUGCCAAGGAUAAUGGCCGCUUAGUUACUGGGCAAAGCAAUUUGGGUGGUUUGCUAUCACUUCCAAGUAGAUCAGAUUCUUAUCUUGGCAGUCAUGGCACCAAUGACCGCGAGCCACUUGACAGAUCUAGGGGCCGGGUUCGUAGCCGCAGCCGCAGUCAUAGCCGUGAUCGGAAGAACAAUCCCAGCUUAAAGAGGGCUCGGCUUGCAAGCCCUCCUAGCAGGAGCCGUGGUAGCAGGAGUCGCAGUCACAGUCCUAAACAUGCCCUUGAUCGGUACCGUGGGGGAACAAAGGAGUUGACGCGUGUGAGUUCACAACUCCCAAGGAGGAUUCCAUCGCCAACUACUAGGCAUGCAAGCCCUCCUAGUAGGAACCAAGGUCGCAGUCGAAGCAGGUCGCGCAGUCACAGCCCUAACCGUGGAUAUGAUCGUCACAGUGGGAGAACAAGGGAGGUGGUACAUGUAAGUUCACUUCCGAGGAGAAUGCCAUCACCAACAGCUAAGCAUGUAAAUCCUUCCAGCAGGAACCAUGAUCGCAGUCCAAGCAAGAGCUGCAGUCCCAAUCCUAACCGUGGAUAUGAUCAUUAUGGUGGGGGGACUAAUGAGGUUGCACGCUCAAGUUCACCACUCCCAAAGAAGAUGUCAUCUCCCACAGCUAGACAUGCAAGCCUUCCUAGCAAGAGCCCCCACAGUAUUGACCAUGUCUUCGAUUGUCAUGACGAGGAAAAUAGGGAGGCGACACAUGGGAGUUCAGCACUGCCAAAUCUGAUUCCAUCAUCAACUACUAGGCAUGCAAGCCCUCCAGGUAGGAACUGUGGUCACAGUCAAAGCAGGAGCCUCAGCUGCAGUUCAGAUCAUGGCUUUGAUCGUUAUAGUGAGAGAACUAGGGAUGCAGCACAUGGGAGUUCACCACUCUCAAAUCAGAUGCCAUCACCAACCGUUAUGCAUGCAAGCCCUCCAGGCAGGAGCUUUGGCUGCAGUCCAAGCAGGAGUCGCAGUCACAGUCCUAACCACGUCUACAGUCCUAAUGAUGGCUAUGAUGCUCAUGGUGAGGGAUCUAAGGAGGUGACACAAGUGAGCUCAUCAUUCCCAAAGAGGAUGCCAUCACCAGCAGCUGGGCGUGAAAAUCCUCAUAGGAACCAUGUCUGCAGUCGAAGCAGAAGUCGCAGUCCUAACCAUGGCUCUGAUUGUUUUCAUGGGUCAGCUGGGCAGAUUGCUAGUGCGAGCCCACCACUCUCAAGGAGGGGCCUGUCACCAAUAGAUUGCCAUGCAAGCCCCCCUAUCAGCAACCGUGGCCCAAGUCGAAGCAGGAGCCUUAGCCACAGUCCUGGUCGGGGCGAUGUUCAUUAUGGUCAGGGAAGUGAACAGGAACCACAUGUCGAUUUGCCACUCCCAAUAACAGUGCCAGCACUAGCAUCUCAUCGCACGUCUGACCCAAACCAUUCAGUGAUGCCAUACGACAACCAAAGAUCGCAGUCAAGUGAUGGGGGAAACAUAGCAGCGGUGGAACUCAACGAGUCACACGGUCAGGAUGAGAGAAGCAGAAAACCACAUGGUUCAGAUAGCCCAUGUCAGUGGCACAAAAGGUCUCCACUUAAAAAUGAAGAUUUUAAUCCACAGCUGUCAGUUCCAAGGCCUGCCCAGUUGCCAGUGUUGCCUCUCAACAGCCAUGUAGAGGAGGAAGAAGGCAUGAUUCCUGCAGAUGAGGACAGUUUAAUUUUUCAGGAGGAUGGUAGGACUUCACCAUAGCUCUAUCUUACCCAGCGACCUAACUCAGAUAACUAUUUAGUGUUACUUUUCUUCUGAGUGGUUCGGCAUUUCCUGUUCCUAUUUACCAUGCUGCAACUUCCUAUAUAGUUUGGUGAUUUGGGUAUUGUUGUAAUAUUCCCUACGAAGAUGAUUAUAUCGGACCAUUGAUUGAUAUGGUGUACUAGCUAGUUUGCCUCUUAGAUCUUGCUGAGACUGGUAUUGAAUUUGUACAAUUGAAACUGUAACUUUGUUUCCAAUUCCUGUUUCUCCAACAAUUGCGUGUUUAGUAA